CCCGAGGCAAUGAGGUGUUCUGGGGGACAGAAGCCCCUCCCUGUAGCGCCCCCGGCCGCCGGGGGCGCUGCGCCUUCCAAACCCUUCAGGCCCCCGGUGCUCGCCGUAGCGGCUCCCGGGUAUGGGCGGGGCGGGGUAAGAUGGCGGCGGGGGGCGCGGCGGACGCCCAGGCGCGCUUUGGACACUCGGUGAAGGGGCUCCUGACCGAGAAAGUGACGAGCUGCGGCACCGACGUGAUCGCUCUCACCAAGCAGGUGCUGAAGGGCUCCCGUAGCGCCGAGCUCCUGGGUCAAGCUGCGAGAAACAUGGUGAUGCAAGAAGAUGCCAUCUUGCACUCGGAAGAUAGUUUAAGAAAAAUGGCCAUAAUAACUACUCAUCUACAGUACCAGCAAGAAGCAAUUCAAAAGAACGUGGAGCGCUCGUCAAACCUUCAGGACCAGCUGAGUCACUUGUUGAAAUGAAGGGGAGCUGAAGGCACAAGGACAUCUCGACUGGCACUGAGGAAGUGAAGGAUCCUCUCCCCUCCAGCCCCCAGGGCUCAGAACUGUGUCUGGAUGAUGCUGAAUGUCAGCUGGGAUACAUGCAGAGUCUGUGUUUGUUUGGGCAUGUGGUCCCCCUCUCAUGCACCUACAUCCACACCUCUGCUCCAGAAUGCUCACCCACACACCUGCACCUGGCUGUAACAAAUGUCCUGAAAUUUUUUCUUCUCCCAACAGUUCCUAUGCAUCUACUUACUUCCCUUGUAGCGUGAGGUGCUCAGCCCACAGCAGCACCCCGGCAAGAAAUGCAGAGUGGAGGCAUAGGGUUUAAAAGCAGGUGCCUGCAGUUUGCCCCGGUCUGUAUUUAGCCAGAGGUGGCACAGAAUGCAGUUUUUUUUAGGGCAUUUUAAUCAGUGUGAGCUGCAAGUGCCUGGGUGGGUGAGAGGUGCUUCAGKGUAGGCUGAGGUGCCACUCCCAGCACAGAAUUUCUGAAACCAGGAAUCUGGGCACGCGCAUCUGCCAGUGGCCCAGCUGGGUGUGGUUUGGCCAGCAUCCUCCUCAGAGGUUAUCUAAUUUUCCACUCUGCCAGAGUUUGGAACAUCAUCCCUUUGCCGGGCCAUGUGUGCUGCAUUCGGCCUUCAACUGCAUUCCUUUUCCUGGGCUGCUGCUCCAGCUGCAGCUCUUGAUGAAGCAGCCUUGGCUGUGGUGUGUGUAUCUGGUUGGGAAGGUAUCCAAAGGCCUGUCUAGGAGCCAGGCAGGGGGGCAUCACAAGCUCAGUGCUCAGUUCUACACUGCUCUGUUGAAGACUAGUGACCUGUUCACAUCCAGGCCCAGGUUAUAAAUACUGUGUCUUGUUUCUGGUGAGUCACUUAUCUGAAGCACUUGGAGUGCACGGGAAGCACUUGUUUCGCCGAGUGUGCUUUUCACCAGCUGAUAGGGGCAGGCAGGCUGAGAGUUGACACUGGCCUGCCAUUUUCCUGUUGGAAUGCUGCUGGGGUCUGGCUCCUAGGCUGGAUUUCACYGUCCCUGCCAGGGCCACUGCCUGUUUAGACUUCACCUAAUGGCACACAGCUUCUGCAUCCCCAUUACUGUGCCACUGUUAGCCCAGGGGCCACAGCAAGUAUUUUUGCCUUGGGUGACACUCAUCCCCAGUUUUGCAGAUGCACUUUGGGAAUGAGAGUUUUCCCUGUGACUUCCUUCCUGGGAAUAAAAGCUGUCCUGAACACGCUAAACUGCAGCAGUCUUGGAUUCCAUUGUUGGUG